AUGGGAGAUUCCCACGGCAACACCUCUGACUCCCUCUCCUUCAUCCUGACUGGCUUCCCGGGAUUGGAGGAUUCCCUGUAUUGGAUAUUUAUUCUACUGGGAGCCCUCUACUCUGUUUCCAUCCUAGGAAACUCCCUGAUCCUGGUUAUCCUCAAGGAGGAGCAGAGCCUGCACCAACCCAUGUACUAUUUCCUGGCUAUGCUGUCCAUCAAUGACCUGGGCGUGUCCUGCUCUACCCUGCCCACAGUCCUGGGCACCUUCUGCUUCAACAUCAGGGUAAUCAGCUUCGAUGCCUGCAUGACCCAGAUGUUCUUCAUCCAUCUGUUUUCCUUCAUGGAGUCCAGCAUCCUGCUGGCCAUGAGCUUUGACCGCUAUGUGGCCAUCUGUAACCCGCUCAGAUACUCAGCGAUACUGACUGGCAGCCACAUUGUCAAGGUGGGUUUGGCCAUUUUAGUACGCAGCUUCAUUUUGAUCCUUCCUUCACCCUUCCUCCUGAGGAGACUGCCAUUUUGCAAGGCCAACAUCCUGCAUCACUCCUACUGUAUCCAUCCUGAUCUCAUCCGCCUGUCCUGUGGGGACAUCACUAUCAACAACAUCCUUGGUCUGUUCAUUGUGCUCUCCACAUUUGGACUGGACUCCAUGCUCAUCUUCCUCUCCUACGUCUUAAUCCUCAGGUCCGUCCUGACCAUUGCAUCCCAAGCAGGGCGAUCCAAAGCACUCAACACCUGUGUCUCCCACAUCUGCGUGGUGUUCAUCUUCUAUGUUCCCAUGGUGGGUGUGUCCCUGGGUCACAGGUAUGGGAAACAGGCCCCACCAUUCGUCCACAUAUUGAUGUCCAUCAUCUACCUCUUCGUGCCACCCAUGCUCAACCCCAUCAUCUAUAGCAUCAAGACCAAGGAGAUCCACAAAAGGAUGGUCAAGAUGCUUUCUGGUGCUUUCAGGGUGUGCUGGGAGAGGUAAGCCUUUGUCUGCGUAAUAUUAAAUGCUUCUUUUCAGUUCUUCACCUUUGUGAAAUGUCUGAGCCUCCUGGGUUCUGGUCACUGAGAAAAGCAGAGUCUCUGCCCCUAUCUGCUUUGUGAGCUUGAAGAAUCAUGUAAUAAAGAAAAUCUCAGUGGUAAGGCCAGUGGUGUGUGACCCAUUCAGAAUCCCCUCCGUCCCCCACUCCUGCACCAGACCUUCUUGGUCACCACUAUUUCAGACAUACUGAACCAGAGAGACCCAGGAUAACAUGGAGUCAGGGCUCUCCAUGGUGACCUAUCAGAAAUUGGGGUCUUUAUUCAGUGCACCUCAAGACAGGGCAGAAAGGGGCCAGGGGAAGGAUAGGACAAGCUUCAUUCUCAUCAAGACCCUGGAGCCUAUGUGGGAGGGGCAGGAGGGCAGAUGGGCCAAACCCAAAACGGAACU